AUGUCUUCCAAGCAUGACUCCGAGGCCACUGUGGCCGUCAACAUCGAGGAGCUGCGCAACUCCAAAGAUGCGGUCAUUAUGCGCUUGAUGGCUCUGCAGUCUUAUAUUGCUGACCUGAGCAAGGCUUAUGUCGAGCACGUGAACAACGUGAUCACGGGCGGUCCGGCCACCAUUGACAUCCCCGCCAUGCCCUCGAGUCUCUCGAGCCAUAUGGAAGCUCGGGCGGGCAGCCCCGGCCCCAAGGCCGAGGCGGAUGCACCCAAGAAGCGCAAGCGUGCGCCUGUGGAUCCCAAUGCUCCCAAGCGGGCCCUGACGCCGUACUUCCUGUACAUGCAGCAAAACCGUCAGAAGAUCGCCGCCGACCUGGGCGGCAGUGCCAAGCCCAAGGAUGUGGCGGACGAGGGAACUCGUCGCUGGCAGAGCAUGGAUCCCAAAGAGAAGGAACUCUACAAGACCCAGUAUCUUGAGAACUACGAGGCCUAUAAGCGGGACAUGGCCGCCUACAAGGCCGGCCACAAGGGCGGCGACGAUGAUGCCGCCAACAACCAACUGCAGCAGGGAAUUGCCGGCGCGGCCCCUGACGAGUCCCCGGAGGACGAUUCGGAAUCAUCCGAAUCCGAGGAGGAGGAGCAGGAGGAAGAGGAGGAGGUCGUCGAGCCGUCUCCUUCCCCGGUGCCCGUCAAGCAAAAGACUCCUUCCAAGAGUGCCAGCGCCAAGCGCCGUCGUAGCGACAUCAAGGCCGUCAAGGAAGUGGCCGAGUCUCCCGUCAAGCCCGCGUCGCCCGUGAAGCGUGGCCGCAAGGCUGCAGAGCCCGCUUCGGCCAAGUCGACCCCGGCCGAGUCCAAGCGCCGCAGCAAGAAGCGCAAGAGCGAGGCCUGA